UAUGGAGGGCUGUCAUCGAAAGACAACGCCCACGCUGGAAUAAAGGUACGUUGACUUGCAAAGCUUUAUAUUUGAGGUUUUAUAAAUCAUCUCGCAGCCACGGUCAGAACCAAUCUGGCUUUGGGAGAGGGGAACGCAAGGCGAAGAAGACGAAUGUCAGAGAUUGGUCGAAAAUGAGUCAACAGCACUACCUACAAUCAACAAAACGACCUUGCCUGCUCAAUCAGUAGGGAAGAAUAUGCCUGCUGAUCCUCGUGCCGCGCCGCGUGUCAAUGGUGAUGCCGCAAGUGUACCGGAAACUUCGAUUGCAACUGCCAAUUCGAUCGUGCCGGCUGACAACACAACGAACUUCGCAUUCUGGCCCCAAGACGAUGCCAGCCAAGUACGGUUGCCGUCAGAUGGGGAUCUAAAAUUCAAUCGACAGUGGUUUAACAGUGCGCUUUUACACCCAGAACAGAAUAAUUAUCAAUGGUCCGGUGCCUGUGAGCUCGGGAAAGGAGUGAGUGGCCAGGUAGGUGUGUGGGUGAAGUUAGACCCUUUCGGUGUCGUCAUAGACGAUGGAGGUGAUUCCGGAACUCUUCCUCUGGCGCGUCUUUUAACAGUUGGUGGAUGCCUGUAUCUUUCUGCGGGACGGCAACGAAAGGGACUUGAGUGCCGCUAGAGAUUGGCGACCGAUCCUUCACCGAGACCUGCAUCUCCAGAAUGUCUUCCUCCGACCAGAAAAGGAAAGUCAUACUGUACCAUCGCCCGAAGACUAGCUCUAGCAUCACCUCGUUGAGUACGUAGAGAAUGCCCAUUAUCAUCAAGCAGCGUAUCGUUGCGUCGUGAUCAC